UAUCGGAAACUUCCCCACCUUGUUUCACGUUUUUCAAAGAUACUCUGAAUAGUUACGUUAAAUUUUAUGGUGAAAUCGUCCACUUUCCAACUACCUUGCAGGACAGCAGAAUGUGCUGAGGCGAAAGCUCUGAUCCAUAACACUUUUUAAAAAUACACUUCACAAACUUCUCAAGGGCACGAUGACCUUUGUCCAGCUCACCACGCCACCUCAAGCUGGCCAUCCGCGCCGGUCACUUUCAAAACUUUCUGGACUCCGUCGCGUUCCGUAGAGGCGUGAUGACGUCUUGCACACUACGUUGCUGGUUUCCCUGGUGACGGUUGCCGAGGCAGCGGAUGCAGGCGUCCUGAAGAGGAGACCCGGCCCUGCGCUCCUAGGUCCUAGGAAGGAAAAGCAGCGAGACCCCUUGUUUAUUUGAUUUGCUGUUUAGCAUGCAUGUAAAUUUUUUGCUGAAAUCCAGAUGUGAUACAUGAAAUAAAAGGAACUGAGGUAGACAAGCCUUUAGUGUGAGGACUUACAUUGCUUAUGGUCUCUCCACGUUGCCCAGCCUGGCCUCGAACUUAAGAUCAUCCUUCCUCAGCUACCUAAGUAGCUGGGAUUGCAGGCGUGUGGUAUUGCACAGGGCUGAAGACUCCUUCAAUGCAGACCACAGCUUGUGUUCUUAACUUCAGUUCCCUCCUGUGCAGGAAGCCCACUGGAGGGUGGUCAGGUGUGGGAGGCAGGGAGGCGUCUUGGUCCUGAAUGGAUGGAUCUCUGUCUGUGAGUGAACUGAGGUGGGCACUGCUCCAGGCGCCAGGCUCUGUGACCUGGGUUCCUUCGAAGGCAGCCCUUGCGGAGGAGAAGAGCUCUGAGUAUUUCAGAACGAUGACUGUUCCCUUCCCGCUGCGAGAGCCUGGCGGGCUCAUGGAGGUGACACCCAUGAAGGUGUGAAGGCCCCUGGAACUAAGCACUGAGAGCCUCUGGAAACUCACCUGUCACAGCCCGAGCUCUGGCCCUGAGACGCACUGGCGGCAGCUCUGCCCCGGUGGGCUGUGAGUCUCUGUCCUUACUGUCUCUGUAGGCCCCAGGCAGCAGCUGGCCUGCCCGAUUCCCUGCUGUCUGUAAUAAAACUGAUUUUCAGUGACUUUCCGCACGUGAGGAGAAGGUGACAACUUCUAAGCCCACUGCCCCUUGGGCGCACCACCAGGAAGUUCUGGUCAGCCUUAACUUUUGAGCCUGUGUGUACCUCACCUUCUACUGAAGUCCAGAGUGAGCGACGAGACCUGGCCGUGCUCCUGAGCGCAGAAACUCUGAGGGCUCUCUGAGGGACGUGCUUCUCAGGGCCUCUGUGACAGUGACUGUGGGCAGCCUGUCUACAGGUCCAGGGACUGGUUACGAGGGGCAGUUGUUUGAAGGAGGCCAGAUUCCUCUUCACUGUUCUGGAAUAUCUACUGACUGCCUGUUGUGUGCUGUGGCACAACCAUGAGCGAAACGGAAGAAUGUGUGUCCUUCAUGGCUUCCACGCAGUGGAGAAGACACCGUCAGCGGCAAAGUGUGCUGCAAGUCAGGUGGUGACACAGGCGGCCACAAGCCCACUGGUGCUGUCACUCACACCCAGGAUGUCUUCUGUCUUCGGUAAACCCCCUCGGCCACGCCCAGAACCGUGCCAGCCGGGUAGCCAGCGCCUCUUCCUCCAGCGGACACACAGUUAACACACGGAGGGGUACCAUCCCGCCUGGGUGCUAGCAGGGCUCCCUGGCUGUGUGUUGGGCGGAGCCUGGGCUGGGGUGGGGCGGGCGCAGACAGCCACAGACUGAGUCUGCUCAGGCUCUUCGUCCCAGUGGCUGGGGGGGGUGAGGCGUGCUCAGAGGGCAAGUGUCCCUCAGGUGUGGCGAGGUUUGCUGAAGGACCACGUGUGCACACAGUGUGGGCGUGGACAGACACUGCCGCCCUGUUCAGGCCGCAGGACUUCCCACGUGCUGCGUCUGCCCCUGAGUGUUCUGGCUGGUGGCUCCUGCUUGUGCCCCAGUUGCAGCUCAUGUCCUGGGGGUGCAGCCUGGCCUCAGCACCACGCCUUUCCCUGGAGCCCACAGUCGGUGCUUGGUGCUGACUUGUGUGGUCUCCCUGGGCAGCUUCUGUCUCCCUGCCCAACUGUGAGCUCCAUGUGUGUUUGGAGCCUGUAAAGCCUGCCCCGCAACUCCUGACUCCUGAUCUGCAUGAGUGAGUACACCCCGGAGCCACCUCCGCUGCCUGCUUUCUUUAUUCACCCUCGCAGGAGCAGGAGCAUUAAGUCCACACCCCGGGUGCGCUACCUGGACUCAUUCCUCAGAGGCUCCAGUUGGACACACUGCACCUGCUCCCGGGAGGUGGAGAGGCAGGCCCUCCGCUCACUCUUCCGCUUCCUCGAGACACCAGUGGCAGCAGUCCCCACAGAGCUGGCUGUCUUUGUCACAGCCCCUUCCAGACCCCAGGAGGAUCGAGAUGGACGCAGAGGAAGCCUCACAGGACACCGUGCGGCUGCAGUUCAAGGCGAUGCAGGAGCUGCAGCACCGCAGGCUACAGAAGCAGAUGGAGGCGAAGAGGGAAAAGAGCCUGCAGCUCCAGAGCCACGCUGGUGGCCAGGAAGGGCCCUCGGGGGUCUCUGACGGCCUCGGCCUCCUUCUCUCAGGGGAGCAGGACUUGAAGAGUGUCUUCCAGCAGAGAGUGCUCGAAGACGAGGUCCAGCAGCUGCGGGACGAGCUCAGGGAGACCGUGGACGAGAAUGGGCGCUUGUACAAGCUGCUGAAGGAGAGGGACUUUGAAAUCAAACACCUCAAGAAGAAAAUUGAAGAGGACAGACUGGCCUUCACAGGCACAGCUGGCCCGGCAGGAGACCUGGUGGCCUCCAGAGUCGUGGAGCUGUCCAAAAGGAACCGAGUGCUGGCGGCUGAGUCAGAGGCUGCGCGAGCCAGGGUGAAACAGCUGAGCAGCUGCGUGCAGCAGCUGGAGCUGGAGCUGCAGACGGCCCUGGCCAGGCUGCCAGCCAAGGGGGCCACAGACACAGGAGCCAAGCCACCGAGGUCCCGGAUGGGAGACGGCACCCUGCAGCCGGAGACCCCUGAGGUAAAGGCCCUGCAGGACCGUCUGGCGGCCACGAACCUGAAGAUGAGCAACCUGCGUGACCAGGUCCAGGCUGUGAAACAGGAGCUCCGAGCAGCCCAGAAGGUCCUGGCCAGCGAGGUUGGGGAAGACGUGAGUGUGCAGCAGCUUCUGUCCUCGCCUGGGACCUGGAGGGGACGUGCCCAGCAGAUCCUUGUGCUGCAGAGCAAGGUCCGGGAGCUUGAGAAGCAGUUGGGACAGUCCCGGAGCAGGUCUGCGGGGACAGCCAGUGACGAGCUGUCUGUCCACCCAGACCCCAGGAAGCUGUCGCCACAGGAGAGGAACCUGCAGAGGAUCCACAGCCUGAAAAGGGAGAGGCAGGAAGGCUGGGAGAAGCUCGCAGGUGAGCGAGACGCCCUCCAGGGAGAGCUGGAGGGGCUGAAGAGAAAGUUCGAGGGUGCACGCUCCCGCAACAAGGUCCUGUCCAAUGAGGUGAAGACCCUCCGGGGCCAGAUGGGGACGCUGGCAGAGAAGGGCAGGCACGACGAUGAGCUCAUCGACGCCCUCAUGGAGCAGCUGAAGCAGCUGCAGGAGACCCUGAGCAGCCUCAGCCUGCAGGAGGAGAAGGCACGUGCAUCCCAGCGCCACCAGGACCAGGAGGCCCACAGUGAAGCCCAGCGGAACAGCAGCCUGGUGGCCCAGCUUCAGGCCGUGGUGGCCGAGCGGGAGGCCAAGGUGCGGCAGCUGGAGCUGGAGGUCAGGCAGCUCAGCGGGCAGUAUCUCCGGGACAAAGGCCCUGGUGAGGGGUCCUGCAGGCCCAAGGUCAACCCCACUCACCCCAGGCUCUCAGACGACCAGGACGUGGCCCAGUCCCCAGGCUCCGCAGGUGACCACACCAGCCGACUGGGGUCCUCUCGUGCCGUGAGCAGCCUGGGCCACACGCUGGUGGAGUCGGUGCUCACAAGGCCUUCCCUGCCCAGCCCCCACGGGACCACACCCAGCUUCCCAGACUCCAUGGAGCAGAAAGGCUGGCGGGCUCAGGUGACCGAGAUCAAGGCACUGUGGCAGGCCACCGAGGUGGAGCGGGACCGGCUGAGCGAAUUUGUCACCGUGCUGCAGAAAAGGGUGGAGGACAGCAGCACCAGGCUCCUGGAGGCCGAGAGGGAGCUGCGGGCAGUGCGUCAGCGCUCGGUGGUGCUGGAGCAGCGGCUGGAGAAAGCGCAGCUGGGGCCUGGCCGGACUGCGGCCAGAGGCCGAUCCUGUCUGCCUGCAUCCAGCACUAGGAACAACCUGACGGCAAGUGAGAAGAAGGCCCCAUCCUCUGCCCAGCUGUCCAACGUGCCGGUGGAGUCCCGGGUGGAGGAGCUGACUGCCAGGCUGGCCGUGCAGACGGAGGAGAAUGAGCUGCUGCGGGCAGCGCUGGGCAGCGCCCUGCGGGGCAAGGAGGAGGACUUCCACGUGUACCACGAGACCCUGGCCCAGGUGAAGGGUGUCUUCCUGCAGGCCCUGCGGCAGCAGAGGGCCAACGGGCACUAGCAGGGUGGCCUGGUGUCUGCAGCCUCCCAGAAGCCACCAGAGCCCCUGGAUGACCAAACCCAGCCUUGGCCUGGCAGACAGAGGGGCCUCUGGGCCUUUGGGCACAUCUGCCAACGCUUGGGGACAUCAAGCCAGCUGCAGAGCAGACGAGUCCCCCGAGCUGGGUCCCUGGGCCUCUGGCCCCCCAGUGCCAUCUCAGCUACCACCCCACCCAGACCCAGGGCCCUGGCUCCCCACUUUCUGUGGCUGGGACUCAUAAUAGU